CUUAAAAUAAAACUUAAAUAAAUGUUAUCCAAGUAAGCAACUCUUUUACUGUCACUAUUUUUGUAGAGUUUUAUUUUGGCAUUAUAAAGUCGAAUUUUUCAUUCCAAAUUCAUUCAGAUGGAUCAAAUUAGUCUCACGGAUUUGAGGCGUCAGUUCUUCGGACCAACUUUGGAUGAAAGUUUGCUCUACGGGGUUGAAUGUUUGAGGGAUUUUUUCAGUUGGAGACAACAUUUCGACACUGAUCCGACAUAUUCACAGACAAGUAGAGAACGCAGUGACAGCGUGGUUAGUGAUUUCAAUCUUUAUCAGUCUUGUCGAGACCUAAAUGAACUAGCGCAUUCGGAAAGUGCCAUUUCAAAAAAGCAAAAUAGAUACAGGAGGAAACUUUCAAAUUCAAAUGAACAGAAAGGAAAGCCAUCAAUACUAAAUAUCAAAUCUGAAAGAAAAAGUUCUUUGUCAUCGGAUCAAGUUCGACCGAAAAGAAAAGUUUCUACAUCAGAAUGCCAUUGUUGGGCUGAUGAAAAUGCCAUUGCUAAAACUUCACCUAGCAGUAAACAGCUUCAGGAUUAUCAAGUGCUUUCAAGUGAAGAAAUGAAAGAACAGAAACGGAGCUCACUAUCCAGUAACACAGAAGAGUUUGAGUCCGCCCUUUCUGCGAAAUCGAAGAGCUGUGAAGAAUCAUCUAAAGAAGAAAAUGUUUCGAAAAAUAAAAAUGCAAUAAAUUCAUCACCGUCCUUGAAGGAGCCCUCGAAACUAUCCCGCACCGACAAACUUUUCUCAUCAUCCGAGCAGAGCAGCAAAACCAAACCCUCCUCUAACGGAAGUAGUAAAAUUCUCGAGAAGCUGAAAAAGAGCUGGCCAACAGUUUUAUCUACGAGACAAAACCAGUCCUUCAACGCCACCGACACGUGGACGCCACACCCCCAGAUUGUCGCGCCACUCCCGGCAGCGGUCCCUGUCGUCACCGCCUGCGAAAAACUCCUCGAGCGCCCGGCGGCCCAAACAGAUACGAUCCAGAUGGGCCUUCGUCAAAGUGAACGAGUUCGACGAUGGCGCAAAAACGUACGACGUUCUCCAGACGGACCUACGAGUGGUGGACGUGCAGCGGCUGAAGGGUAGCUCUGUGGAUGGAACAAUCACCGCAGCGGACCUGCCUCCGGAUAUGGCCACCGAGGUCGUUUUCGUGACCCUACCGGACGGUUCCACGCUGUGCUAUCGGGGUGAUAAUAUUAAACGUUGACUCGAGUUGAAUAAAAUUUAAUUUUGGCUAUAAGCAAACUCGUGUGAAUCUUAUACAGGAUUCUUGUUAACCGAAUGCAAAAAUGGUAACUUGCCUGGGAAAUCUCAAAGUUAAUAACUGUGGAAGUGCU